AUGCGUCGUGCAGCGCAAUUUCUGGCCGCGGUCGCCCUGCUUGCCACCAGCGUCCGCGGCGCAGAAAGCAAUAGCAUCGCUCGACCCUCAUACUUCUUUGGGGCACCCAUCCCGAUCGAGUGUAUGAACCGGAGCUCAGAGACAGGCGAGCACAUCGAGAACUCAGCGCACGAGAUCCAAUGGGUCCCCUUCCCGGUGUGUAACGAGACAGGCAAGCCGCUCGAGUUCCACUACGGCAUCGAGACGGAGCUGAACUGCACGAUCCCCAUGGUCAGCGACCCCUUCUUCCACCUGCUCGAGUUCUACGUCCACAGCGACGCGCCUCUCUCGUGCCGGCUCGCCGCCCGCCCUCCCCCAUCGGACGCCGGCGCCAAGCCCGAGCCCGCGGAGCACGUGCCCCUCGUGUUCGCCCUCUCCGGCACCCUCCAGCUCAGCCACAUGCACGUCAGCACCCACCUCAACGUGCUGCUGCACAGCGUGCCCAAGCACCACAUCCACCCGCACGACAGCGGCGUCAUCGACAGUGCCGUUGCGUAUAGCACGUCGCCGCUGCAGUCCGCCGGCGGCGUCUUCGCCGCCCGGACCGUCAGGCUGGCCAUCGGCGACCCGCUGCCGUUGAGCUUCAGCGUGCGGUGGUUCCCGACCCCUGCGCUGCCGAAGACGGAGGGGCGCGUCGAGUGGGCGGGUAUGGGGGGCCAUAUUUAUGCGAGUACUGUGUUCUACAGCCUUGUGUCGUUCAUGGCGGGGAUGCUUAUGGCUGGGGCGUACUUCUUUGGGGUCGUGCUGCCGAGGAGGUUGAGGGGGAGGGCGCUGGGGGGCGCGACGCCGUUGGCGUAUGGGUUGAAUGGCGUGGGGAAUGGGUGGGGAUACCAGAAGAGGGCUCUCGACUGA